AUGGAUCGUCCACAGCCUGCGUCCUCCAAUCUCAUGGAGACGCACAACCGCCUCGUCGCCGCCAUCCUUACCCACUACCGCACGCUCAUGAUGCUUGCGACUGUGCAGGCCGAGGACGAUCAGGAGAGCGCCACCCCCGAAGCCACGGCCGUUGCCGGCAUCGCCAUGAAGAUGGAAUUUGACGGUUUAUACUCGUCAGUCAAGGAGCUCCUCACGCUAUCGCGCAAAAUCAAGGAGUUGUGGGUGUUUGGCGCCCUCGGCCAGCAGGACCCCUCGCGCGAGGCGCGAGGCGCCCAGAUUGAGCGCGACGUCGCGCAGGCGGCGGAGAUGCUCAACGGCAUCGAGGAGACGAGGAUGAGGGCACUGGCCGAGGGACACGGCGGGACGUGGAGGCCGCUGCGUAGAGAGGACGUGCAGGCGCUACAGGCGCUGGCGGGAAAGCAGUAA